AUUUAAUAACAAUUUUUAUUAAUUAAUUGCAUUAAAAUUAUUUAAAAAUCAACCAACCGAAAAUUGACUUCGGUUUGACCAUGGCUCAACCGAAAGUUGACCUUGGUUUGACCAUGGCUCAACCGAAUGUUGACUUCGGUUUGACCAUGGCUUAACCGAAUGUUGACUGCGGUUUGACCAAAGGCCAACCGAAUGUUGACCUCGGUUUGACCGAGGGCCAACCGAACGGCGGCUUCGGUCAGUGAUGGGCGAGGCGGACGGACGGACUUACCUUCUUCUCCGGCGAGCACGGACGGCAGGCGACUGGAGGAGGGCUGACGGCGACGGCGAGUGGAGGCGCAGCGGACGACUAGGACUGACGGCGACUUGGGAAGCGGCUGACGGCGACGGGGGAAGGUCGGCGACGGCGUGGCAGCGUGGGCCGGCGGGUCGCCGGCGUGGGGCGUGGGGCGGCGGGUCUCUCUGUUGCUGGGGACGGGAAGUGGAGGAAGGGAAGUGAUGGGGACGAAGGUAGAGGAAGGGGAGUGUUUGGGUAGGGUUUGCUUUUUAAUUUUAAAAAGGGUAAUUAAGUAAUUUACAUAUUAAGUUAGGACGACGAUUAGUAAUUUUUAGGAUGACCUUUAACCCUUCAGAAAAUCAAAACCAUGCCGAUACUCGUUCGGGUUUCGGGUAUCCACGGUUAUCCAUGGACACGAAUUUCUCUCUAUAAUUCCAACCAGUAUGUUAACAUUCACAUGUAUUCUCACAUUAUAUAAGAAGAAAAGUAUGACAAUAAUUCACUAGAAUGAAGAAGAUUAAUUAAAACAACACAAUUUCG